GAAAUAAUAUAUAUAUAUAUAUAUAUGGAUUAAUUUUUUAUGGCUAAUCCAAAUUAUUCAUUAAAUUUAUCAGAUAGUUUUUAUGAUGAAACAAAAGAAGCAUCAUAUUUAACAUCACAUGAAACAGACUCACUUCUUGAUGCAAUUCUAAAUAUAUCAUUAAAAGAUGAAGAAACAAAAAAAUUAUCGGAUGCAGUUGAUGAACAAGAAAUAUUGGAAAACUAUUCUACACCAGAAACAAAGCAUUUUGAUUUCUUAUCAUCUAAUAUUUUAUUACCUAUUGAAAAAGAAGAAUCAAAAGUCUCUAGUACACUUGUAAUUUUACAUGAGGGCUGUAUAAAACAUGAAUUUGAAAGAAAUAAGCAUGAUUUGAAAUAUAUAGUUGAACGACCUAGAAGAUAUAGAGCAGCGAUUAUUGGAACAUUAUCAGCAAAAGCACACCUUGAUCUUCUUGACAAAUCUAAUUCAUUUGAUAUUUAUCAAUCAGUGAGAUAUAUAUCAAUUAUUAAUAAUCCUAUUAUUGAGUUUAUACAUGGAGAAAAAUGGCCAUUGGAACUCUAUGAACUUUGUAAAAAUGUACAGAAAAGUAUUAUAGAAGGAAAAACAGAAAUUCCGGAAGAUAAAUAUCAUUCUGGUGACCUUUAUCUUGGACAAUCCUCUCUUGAAGCAUUUGAAGGAUGCGUUGGCGCUAUAUAUGACGGCAUUGAUCGAUGUCUAGCUGAAAAUUCUCAGGUUAAAAAUGUACAUGUUCUUCUUCGGCCACCAGGUCAUCAUUGUUCUAGAGAAAUCCCUUCGGGGUUUUGUCUUCUAAAUAAUGCAUUAAUUGCUAUAUCAUAUGCACAUAAAACAUAUGGAAUUACUCAUUUUGCAAUUUUGGAUUUUGAUCUUCAUCAUGGUGAUGGCUCUCAAGAAAUUUCAUGGAGAAUAAAUCAAGAAACAAACAUUAAUCUCAAUAUAGGAUAUUUCUCUUUACAUGAUAUCUAUUCUUUUCCUUGUGAAGGUACAGGCCCUAGUGUACAAUCCAAAAUAAAAGAUGCAAGUAUAUGUAUUAUGAAUCACAACCAAGCUAUUUGGAAUGUCCAUAUAGAAAAAUACACUACAUAUGAAGAAUUCGAGGAAUUGUAUAAUACUUCUUACAUAAAUUUAUUAAAAAAAGCCGAUUUUUUCUUCGAAAGUACUAAAGCUUUACCUGAGCAAUCUCUUUUGGUCAUUAGCGCCGGUUUUGAUAGCUCAGAAUUCGAAAGUGAACAUAUGCAACGACAUGGAUAUCAUUUACCCGCUUUAUUUUAUUGGAAAUUUUCUAAAGACACUUUACUAUUGUCACAAAAAAGAUGCUGUUCUCGUAUUUUUAGUAUCAUGGAAGGUGGUUAUUCAGAUAGAGCCAUUGCUUCUGGGACUUUUACUUUAUUAUGCGGAUUAACUAAUCUUACGCAAGAACAAAUGGACCAAUGCAAAUCUUUAUGGAAAAUGGAAUAUUUUUCUUGGAUAGACAAAUCAAUUUCUAAGGGCACAAUAUCUCGAUUACCAAAAAACGCUUUACUUAAUAUACAAAUUGAUUGGAUAAAAAAUAUUAUACAAAUGGCACAGAAAUAUACCACUAUUUUAGAAACAAAAACAGAUCUCAUAUUAUCUGAAGACAGAAUGACUCUUCGUGAACGCAAAAAACCUUUAGAUUCUUCACUUAUCUCUCUUAUCGACCAAAUUCAAAAAAUCAAGAUAAAACCUAUAAAAUCUCCACAAACAAAAAACACCGAUAAACAUUCUUAAAACAUGUUUCAUACAAAAUUACAAUCUC